AUGUCAGAGGGUAAAUCCAGAAGGGUCACACUCUAUUGUCCCUCACUCUCGAAGCUACUUCCCAUGGCCGUUUGCGUGGACCAGAGGAUAGACUUGGGGUACAUAGCCACAGCGUUUGGUUUGGACCCAUCAACCCUCAGAAUCAAUGGCCACUUUAUCGGUAGAGGGCUCGACCUCAUCUCCUCCUAUCUUACUUGGAACUCUCUCCUAUCUUUCUUCUCUGCUAAACGACUCUCCACUGGUAAACACUGUGCUGACGCCUUAAUUGUCCAUGGCAAGCUCUGCAGAGUUGGAACCAAGAGAGCGCAUGAUCCUCAGGAUGAUGCUGUGAAUGGGAUUGGCAAUGGUGGAAGGCCAGAGCUGGAAGAUACCGUUUUAACAAACGCUAAUAAGAAGAUGAGAGAAGCUAAUUCAGGUAAAUAUGGGGAUUUUUGUGGAAUGCCCAUGUUAUCCAAGGGGCUUGGUUUUAAGAGAAAGCAAUUACUUGAAGACUUAAACCUACUCAAAAAGCUAAGGAUCAAUGAAACCUAUACAGAUCAGAUAUACCAGAAAAGGGUAAUGACUUCUCCAAAAGCAUUUCAAUCAACCGUCUUAGAUGCAGUUCCAUGAAUCCAAAUAUGAAGCUAACAAGGGAAAAUGAUGUAGAAGAAGCUAUUGUGGUGGCUGCUCCUUUUUUUUUUCUCUAGUUUUUUUUUUUUUUUUUAAAUCUCCACUUGCAAAUGGUGAGAUUUCCAUACUAGAGUCCUGAAAACGAAAAUUUGUAAAAUUUUGUGUAAUAACUUUAUACAAAGCACUUUGGUGAAUGACAGUUGAGUUCUCUAAGAUGAGUAGAAUGAAAAUUGAAAUUUCUCUUGA